ACGAAACUUCGCGCACGAACGAAAACAAAACAUACCGGGGCAGAAACAGCAGACCUUUUAGUUUCGCUUCAGUUGUUUGGAGUUGCGAUUCGCUGUUGAGAUCGACGCUGCAGGAGAUCUCGUUUCGAGAUUGCCGUGAUCCCGGUUGGCGAUCAAGUUCCUCGCAUCGCUUGCCAGAAUGGAGACACGUCCGGCUGUCUGCGGAAUCUGGCUUUCACGACUUCGUGAAAUGGACCUGGGAGUGUAUAUGGAGUACUCGUAUAGUUUUGUCGUGAGAUGAACUGGCCAGCUUCAGGUGACAUUGACAGUUGCGACACAAAUUUACGAUAAACACCAUAAGCGCGAUAUCGAGAGAAUGGGUGUUCACACGGCGGCUCUACACUUGGAAACUUUCCCCAGAAUGAUUUACAAACACCAAAAAUACCAGUGACUGAGCGCUGCUGCCAAGUGAUAGCCAAGAAGGCCCCUUGACACGAUCACAGAUUUCCAAGACUUCCUGCAUGGACAUCUGCUUGUUUUCCAACGUGGUCUCCCGCCGUGCAUCUCCUCGUACCCGCAGAAUCAAGACUUUUAAUCUCUACCAAGAAGGCUUGUGGUUUCUGCAUCGUCACAGAUCAUCCUCCUUCGCUGGUUAUUCUCCAUCCGGCUUGCCAAGUGAAGUGGCGGCGAUGAUGGGCUUGGAAGGUUUGUCUGUAUAAAGGUUCGGGGGAGCACUGCCAGAGGAAAAUAUCAUCAGCCUUUCAAUCAUCUGCUUCUCUCUCUUCAAGCUUUCCACCACUUUCUAUAUAGUAUCAUUCAUUAAUCCGGCGCCGGUCGUCCUCUUCAGCACUCUUUACUCUUUCGUCUAAUAGAUCCCACCCCACAACCGCCAAAAUGCAAUACACAUCUACCAUUCUCUGUGCAGCUUUCGCUGUCACAAGUGUUAUGUCUCACGCUCUCAUCACUGAGGUCAAGGGUGCCAAUGCCGUUACCAUGCCUGGUUUGACUGUCACCGAUGGUACUCCUCGUGAUUGCCCUUCAGCUGGAUGUGGCGCUCAAUCAGAUACCUCCAUCAUUCGCACAAACGAGCUGGGAACUGCUAAGGCUUCUGCUCUUGGCCGCACCAAGAACGAUGGCCCAGUUGAUGCCGCCAAGAUGAUGGCUGUCUUCAUGGAUGGAUCUGCCGCCAACGUUACUGCUCGCGAGAUCCACGAGAAUAACAACCUCUACAAGCGUCAACUCGGCAAGCUUUUCGGAGGUGGUGCCGGAGGAGCUGGAGGAGCUACCGACCCCGGUGUCAAGACCCCAGCCGGUACUAAGGAGACUGGUGUCGCAGCCGCAGCCGGUCUUGGUGCUUCAGAAGGACUCCCAACCGCAUCCGACUCUGGCGAGAUCACCAUGACGAUACAUCAAUGCAACCAGGACGGUGCCGGUCCCUUCGACGCCCAGAUCGAUAACACUUCAGGUGGAACCGACCCAGCCGCAUUCAAGACGGCGCAAGUCACCCAGAACGUCCCAGGUAUUGCUGCUGGUUUCUCCGCUGCAACCACAACCGACUAUCAAGUCAAGGUUCAGAUGCCUGCUGGCAUGACCUGCUCUGGUACCGUUGGCGCCGCCACAGACGUCUGCAUUGUCCGCAUGUCUAACAAGACACCUGCUGGACCAUUCGGUGGAGCCGGAGCAUUCACACAAUCACCCGGAGCCAAGAAGCGUGCCAUCGAGUACAACCUCUCCAAGCGCCGCAUGGCACGCAGCCUCCAGAACAAGAAGAACUAGAUUCUCUUGACUGUGCUGUUACGAUAGGCGAUUGGAAUAAGUUGUAAUUAGACUGCAUUGAGCGCGUUUUUUGAUUUUCCUAUGUCUGGGUACAAUUGAUCACAGGGUGAUGAGGGUUUGGGCAUUCUUUGGUGGGACUAUGCGCAAUGAAUGAGGGGAGGGAUGUAAAUGCAGUGCAUUGGCAGUGGAAAAGCAUAGUGGGGCGGAACAUUCAUUUGGCUGGUCAACUUUUACAUAUUUUGACGUGGUGGAGGUUGGUAUAUAUAUUUUAACGAUAGGAUGAUUGAUAGGGAAUGAAGUUGCUGUUUGAUCAGA